UGACAUUUUAUUACAAUCAUAGAGUUCCGCUGUGUUUUUUUUUAUUUAAACGUCAAAUUCAGUGCGCGCGUUUAGUUUUUUCGUGUGUUUUAAAAUUAAAAAACGAUAUUUAGAUUAGUACUUUAUCGGAUUAUUUGAUUAAAUUAUUUUAUGUAAUGGUAGUUGGUGUGGUGAUUAUAUCGAUGAAUGAUUCAGUGGUUAAAUAUUUAAUUUAACAUGUUCAUUUUGGACUUUCUGGCGUUUUGAAACCAAUUGUUGAUGUGGAGAAUGGUAACCAUCAAGUUGGUGAUGAUACUGAGGACUUGAGUUCGGGAGACCUGACAGAUUCCAUUGACUUCAGAAGUGACUUAACUGCAGAUAAUAUGGAGGGAGAAGAAAAGAGUCACGAGGAGAAGAAGUCCAAGAUCCCGAUGUUGCGGCUGAGGCAGGCCGUGGAGAGAGUGAAGCGAGAGAGACAGGCGCAGAAGGAGAAAGCCAAACCUCGCAGAUCGUCAAUCCCAAAGCUAAAAGAUCCUAAGAAAGUCAAAAGGGACACCUCAUUAAAGUUCGAGCCACAAGUAGACGACGAAUUCGAAAAAUUAUACGAAGAAAUAGUAGAUGAUAAACCAGUUGAGGCUGAAGUAAAACUACCAGUAGUUUCAAUAGACGAUCCUGAGAAAAUUGAGACUAAAUUCGAAGAACUUAUACACGCUUAUGAUGAAGAAGAAACAGCAGUAGAAGAGAAAGUAGUAGAACAAGUAGCAAACGAAGAAAGAGUGGCAGAACAAGUUGUAGCAGAAGAAAAUGUAGUAGAACAAGUUGUGGAAGAAGAAAAACCGAGUAUUUCUAAAGUAUCAAAAAUACCAGCGUUAAGGAAAAAAGAAGACAGUCCAAGUAUGAGAGCUUUAAUGGAAAGAGUUAAAGAAGUAAGUGCUGCUGAAGCUAAGUUAAAAGAUGGCGGGUUCAAAGUUACAGCUUCUAAUAUAAGGACUAAACGAUACUCUAGAGGUAACUCUGACUUAAGUAGAGAUGAACAGCAAAUUGACUCAAUAGAAGAAGUUGAUGUUAAGGAAGAAGAUGACGUUUUUGGCAAAGAUAAUGCACAAAGUAUUGAAAAAGAUGGCAAGGCUAGUAAAACUGAUAGAAAAGUUGCGAAGACAAGGUCUGGUCGUAGCAAAUCUGAACUCAUAGAACAACAUCGUCAAGCUAAACUAAGAGAAGAGUUAAGAAGAAAGCAAAAGAAAUUAAGAAACGAGGUUGAAGAUCCAGUCAUAGUAGAUAAAGUUGGUGAUAAUAUUGACGAUUUAAAUGCUGUUCUAAUGAAAACAGAGAGAAUAGUUCGGAAUAUAUCAAGAGAGAUUAAUGACGAUAAGAAAAGUAUUAUUAAUACUGAGACAGUGACUACCGAAGAACAAAACAAUGAUGGUACAAGGACGAUAACUACAAAAACUGUUGAAACUUUCGAAGUGGGCACGCCAGUUGUACAGGAAAAAAUCAUCCGUAAUAUUAGUCGAGAGAGCACUGGAAAUACCGAAGUUAUAAGUGACGAUAAGCCAAAGAAAGCAGCUACAGGUAUUUCUGUUAAAACUGAAAGAUUCACUCGAGGUAUCAGUCGAGAAAUGGGUAAUUUCAAACAGAGUAUUCAUCGAGAAAUCAUCCCACCUAAAGAAGACCUUAACUCUAGUGAUAAUAAAGUUGAAAAUAAACCAGUAGUUGCGAAAGAGACAAUGAGAGUUGAACAAAUAGAGAAAGAAGGCAUUAAGGUCGGUAUACCAGUGUUUACUAAAAUCACUCGAAGUUAUUCCAAGGGUAAGGUACAGAAUGUUGAAAUGUCAAGAACAAUUGAAUGGAAACCAGCUGACGUAGUCACAAAUAAAGCUUAUGCACGCAGUGUAAGUGAAAAGGUUACCAAAAACGAACUAAAAGACACUAAACAAAACUUCAAUGCUCCUGUAUCUGAAACAAAUGAAAAUAAUGCUGCAAAUGGUAUCAAUGGUGAUUCUACAAGAGAUACAGAAAUAGAAAAUAAUAUAAAACAUGCAGUCAAAGAAGCAGCAAAGACGAAAUCAAUAAGAAAGGUAACUGAGUUUAAAACAGAGGAACAAGUUACUAAUGAAGAAAGGACAACGUUCACUCUAAGUAGAAGUGUAGAUUUGAGUCUAGAAAAUGAUUUCAAAGCAGCCAGAGCGAUUGGAACUCAAAUGAGCGUUGAUGGGCAAAAUAUAGAUCGCGAUUAUAAAAUAGGUAAAGAUGCAAGCACUAGAAUUAGUGUUAUAAACGAAAACAAUGGUCCUAAAGGCAAUAAACCCUCUCGAGAAAUAGGCACACAAAUGAGUGUAGAUGUAUCUACAGUACAAGAAGAAAAACACGAAGAAAACAAUAAAGAACAGUCUGUAAAUGAAAAGAAUAAGACAGAAGAUAGUAAUUUGCCUGUGAAAGACAAGGAUAGUGAUAUUACACCAGUUACUACUUUGAAAGGUAAUGUUAUUAGAUUGAAAGAAAAGAUAGCUAAAGAUAAAGAAAUCGUUUCUAAGAAGGAUAAGGAAGAGGAGUUUCCUAAGAAGAAGUCUGUGCUAUCCAAGAUUGCUAUGUUUGAGCGCCUCGAGAAAGAUCCAAUAGAGCAGCUGCCACUUCGAAAACUAAAAUGCAAGUAUGUUCCACCGAACAAGCCUACAUACCAUACUGAAGAGCAAGAAGAAGAAGUAACAAAUACAGUUGUUGACGAACCAAAAGAAGAACCACAAUCAGAACCUAAUAAUAAAGAAGAUAAAGUUGAAAUCAGCGCGGCUUACGACACUGUUGCUUAUACCAAUGAACCUAUUAUAGUAAAAGAGUAUUUAAAAUCUGAAUACAAUGAAAACCUUUUAAAAGAUAAUAAAUUUGCUGAAGAAGAAACUCCAGGAAAUAUAGAAAAAGAUGCGACAAACUUAGAUGAUAUAGAAUACACAGAACCUGUGAGUCCUUUACCUGAAAUUGUUAACUUGAAUCCUAAUGACAGUAUAAUUGAAAUACCUAAAACGCCAGAACCUAGAAAAGAUACAGAAAUGCCAACUAUAUUCCCACCAAGAAGAGAUUACGAAGCAGACAUAGGUAGAACGAGGCCAGGAAAGCUAAAUCUAAACAAUUGGACUAGUCAAGUUGAAAUUAACAAAAGCACAGUUGAUAAAAUUGCUGUUUUCAAAGAAGAACAAAUACAAGAAAUAGUUCAGACGUUACCUUCUAUAGACAUCAAAGCGUACGCAAGUCAAGUCUCGGUAAGCCAAGAAUUACCGAGAAAUAUUGACGAAAAAAGAAAUGAAGAUGAUGAAAAAUCAGUCGAAGUACUUUAUGAAAAGGUUGAAAUUCAAUUUGAAACUGCUCAAACUAUACCAGAAGUAAUUGAGGUUACUUCUGUAGGUAACAUUGAAAUUAAGGAUGAAUAUCAACAUGUAGACGAUGAAAAUCUACCACCAGAUGAAAUAGACACUCAGUCUUAUGAUUUAGUACCAGAAACAGACUCUGGAUGCCCAGUCCUAACUGUAUUGGACCUCGAAGCCUUAAAGCUCAUGAAUGCAUCGCCAGGAACUCGUGAAUCACUCGUAGAAGCUAAACCAAAACCAGGAAAACUAGACCUUAGUUUAUGGAGAAAUAAAGUUGAAGAAAACAGAAAUAAUUCUGGUAAGGACAUUAAGAAUAAACCUAAAAAUACUGAAAUUAGGCAGGAAGCUGCAGAUAAAGUAUUUAGGCCUAGACGUAUUAGUGAUACGGUGCCACUGAUAAUGACCCUUAACAACGAUGAAAAUAAGGAUGAAACUCCUGUGGAUCAAGAUAAUAAAACUAACGAUAAUACUUAUAAUUAUGCAAUAACUGAUUCAGAUGUAUCAGUAGAUGAAAUAUAUACUUCAUCGUCUGAAUCCGAUUUUGAAGAAAGCUUUAAAGGUAGGGAUAGGUAUGGAAUGCCAACUUCGUACAAAAAAGAUGUUGAAAAACCGAAACCAAAACCAGGCAAGCUAGACCUCAGUAUGUGGAAAAAUCAGGUAGAGGCAAACAGAAGUCUUGUUGAUAAGGAUAAAAAGAAUAAAUCUAAAAAACCUGAAAUAACAACUGAAACUCUAGGCAAAAAAGUCUUCAAACCAUAUAUUAGAGGAACCACUGGUGUAGUGCAAGGAAAAGACGACCCUAAUAAUGCUGGGAGUAAAGAUGAAACUCCUGAAACAGGCACUGAAUAUAAAUCAGAAAUACAAGUGGAAAUAGAAACUAUUUUACCUGAAACAGUUUACGCAAAAUCUACUGAUACUAUGCCUGAAACAGCAAAACCUUUCAUUGCAUUAAUUGAUGUUAAUAAACACGUAACCACAUAUGUACCUAAUGAAAAUAAUGUUACAGAAGAACAGCCAAAAAUUCUUCAAGGGAAAAUCGACCUUGAGACAGGUUAUACUUAUGAGUGUAAAGCUGAAAAUGUCGUGCACGAACCAGAUACUGUAUGCUUUACUUCAUCUGAUUAUGUAGAAGAAAAUGUGACGACUCUGCCAGCAAUUAUCACCUUUGAAACUGAUAACAUUGAGGUUGAAAGUCCUAAGCCUGGUAAACUUGAUUUGAAAGCUUGGGAAGACCAAGUUGAAGCUAAUAAAGUACUUGUAGACAAAAUAGAAGUUGUGAGAAAUGAACACCUUGAGGAUGUAGCAAAAAUAUUGACUGAGAAAGUCGAUUUUGUAACUUUUGAACAUGUGGGUCAAGCUAGGAUGUUUCAAGCAACAGUAGACCUUGGUGAUGAUGCUAAUAAAGUUGAAAUUGCUGAAGCAGACGACGAUUUGGAUAUUGACAUUGAUGUAGAAGAUAAUACUGAACCAGAUAGUAAUAUAGCUCCUUUGAAUUAUAUCUUUCCUCGUCGAGCUUCAAGGGAUGAUCAACUUAAUGAUGAAGGACAUAAAGCUCAAAUUCUUAAUCAAUUAGUAUCUGAAUCACUCAGCGACCCUGAACUUGUCGACGAAAAAACAAAUUUUAAUAAAGACUCAGUCGUUGGAAGUGUGAAAAGAAAACUGUACUUUCUAUCUAGUAUCAGUAGAAGUCAUAAUCCCGUAAUCCGCGAAGAUUCAAGAGAAAUAGACAAUAUAGAUAAUAAUGACGACACAAAAGAAAAUGAAAUAGAAACUAAAGCGUAUAUCAUAAACGAUUUAGGUCCAAAAUCGAAUGCAGCAAGCAUAGAAGAUAUAGAAGCUCACACAAGCAUUGUGACAGAGAAUAACAAACCAUCAACACCACCAAACACAGCUCAUAUUGAAACAGCAGACAUAAAAGGACGUUCAAACGAAAACGUAUUUCAUUUUGACGUAGCAAGGGUUGAAAAUAGGAUGACGAGAAGUGUAUAUGGAGUGGGUGAAUUCAAAAAUUCUACGGAAGAUAUGAAAAGAGCUAAAUCUUUGGCAGAACUGGACCUAGGUGAUGCUGUUCAGGGAAAAGUCAAGAGCAUUCUUAGUAGGAUCAAUUCUGUAGAUUUCGGAAGACGAGAGAGCAUCAAAACUUCAAUAAGCGUUAAAGAGAUGCCUAAGAAGAUGUCUGUACUGGAAAAAAUUGCACUAUUUGAGGGUAAGCUAACGUCUCCACAACCGGAGCCUCCGACCGCGGAGACGCCGACGGAUGUCGCGAAGCCGGUGCCAGGGAUUUCAGAAGAAGUGUAUUUAAAGAAGAUCAAAGAUCUUCAGUCAGCGAAGGUCCUGUUUGGCAAGAUGGAUAAUAUGAACUCCGUCGCGCUGAGUGAUGGGACCAAGAUGCCUGUCUUGGCAGUGGGCACGGCUUUGACGCUGGACGCGCGUCUUCUAAAACAUAUAAUUGGCGCUGCCAUCGAUAUGGGUUACCGUGCUAUAGAUACAGCUUACAUCUAUGGCAAUGAGAAAGACGUCGGCGAAGCUAUUCAAGCUAAGAUUGAUGAUGGCACUGUGACCAGGGAACAGCUGUUCAUAAUGGGCAAGUUAUGGAGUACCUUCCAUAAGACUGACCUGGUGGAGAAAGCCUGUAAGGACUCCUUGGAAGCCUUGGGCAUCACGUACUUUGACCUGUAUAUGAUACAUAACCCUAUGUCUUUUAAGGAAGGCCCAGAUCCUAUUCCCAAGAUCGCAUCAGUAGUCCAGUUCUCGGAAUACGACUAUUUAGACGCCUGGUACGGUAUGGAGGGCCUCGUCAGGAAGGGUCUGGCGAAGACCAUCGGAGUCAGCAACUUCAACUCUGUGCAACUCCAACGGAUCCUGGACAAGGGGAAGAUACCACCAGUUGUCAACCAGGUGGAGUGCCACCCAUACCUAACUCAGCAGCGGUUGGAUGCCUUCUGCAGAGAAAAGAACAUUCAGCUAAGUUGCUAUGGCGUUUUAGGAUCCAAGGGCACACCGGCAGAGUACAAAAAUUCCACAUUUGCCGUCAUUGAUGACCCUCUGGUGAAGGUGAUGGCGUCAGGACUCGGAGUCAGUCCUGCACAGCUUUUGAUUAGAUAUCAAAUCGACAGUGGUCACAAUGUCGUGGUGAAGGCAUCAUGUGCUGCCCACUUAUGGGACAAUCUCCAGGCUUUGACGUUUGACCUGGACAAACCAAAAAUUGACGCAUUACACGCUUUGAACAAAAACAAGAGGACCUUUACUUUUAACGGAAUGGGCGAGACACACAAAAACUAUCCAUUCCUGGAGCCGUUUUAAUAAACGAAUUAUUUUUCGCGUCAAAAAUUAUGACUGGCCAAUUUUUAGAAUAAUAAUAAUUUAAUCAAAAACUGUAUUAAAUCCGACCAUAAUUCCAUAAUAAUGACAUGUUAAAUGAAAACUAGAUAUAAGUUAAAAUACGCAUAAAAUAUAACAUCAAUGAUAAGCCAGAUAAGUCAUUAAGUAUAUAGAGUGCCUUUAGCCAAACCCCACUUUAGCGCUUGUCUACAGAGAGAGUACAAAACUAAAUGUAUGUGGAUGACA